AUGUUGACAGGCCAUCGUAAUUUGUGUAAAGAACAACUUCGGCUAAGUAAAGAAGUAUUUAUAAGUCUUGCUAAUAUCCUUAGAGAACAACAACUCUUAGUAGCUGGUAGAUAUAUAAGCAUUGAAGAGCAACUUGGGUUAGGUUUGUACAUGCUAGCUAAACCUGCUUCUGUUCGUGAUGCUGCUGAAAUAUUUCAACACUCAACAUCAACUAUUUCGAUGUAUUUCAAAAAGGUAUUACAAGCAUUGGAAGCAUUGUCGAGUCAAAUAAUUCGACCAUAUCAAAGUAUGUAUGAGACACCUCCUGAAAUACAAAGCAACAUCAAAUACUGGCCUUUCUUCAAGGAUUGUGUUGGUGCCAUAGAUGGUACCCUUAUACAAUCAGUUGUUGCAGAUGAUGUAGGCAGGGCUUUUAGAGAUCGUCACGGGGAGAAAACAUGGAAUGUGAUGGAUGUGUGUUCACUCAACAUGUUGGUUACUCACAUCAAUGUGGGCUACGAAGGGAGUGCACAUGAUACAACUGUAUGGAGGCGAAGCUUAGGAGAUGCCAGAAUGGGAUUCCCUCAUCCACCAUCUGGAAAAUACUAUGUAGUCGAUUCAGCGUAUCCUAAUACACUCGGGUACUUGAGUCCAUAUCUAGUACCUGGGUUGAGGUGGAAGGUGCUAAAAUCGAUGCCGCAAAUGGACGAGGCUAAUCAGUUGAAAAUUAUUGUAGCUUGUUUCACCUUACACAAUUUUAUUCGUUUACAUGAUCUAGGGAUUCCUUUCACACACCAAAUUGAAGUCAUGGAACAAAGAGCUGAUCAUAAUAUGUACGAUGAUAACAGAAAAAUAGCUAUGGAUAGUGUGCGACAACAAAUAACUGAAGCAAUAUGGGACUUAAUGCAGAAUAAUCCCGAGGUGAUGGAACAAAUAUUUGGACAAGAAGAAGACGAAGAAUUAACCGAUUAUGAAAUCUAG